GAAAAAUUGCCAGUAAAAAUCAACGGAAAGUUGAAAAUGGGCGCUCAUUUAUGGUCGCCACAUCGCCGGCCACCGGAGAAACGCCUCCUGCCAUUCGGCAAUUUUUAGUCCAAAUGGCCACAAUAUCGGCUUUCUUGGCCGCCAUCUUUUUAUUUGCCAGCCCAGCAAGCGGCCAAUACACAGAGGCGGGUGCAUGGGAAGGCAUAGAGAACAACACGGCAGUGAAUGUGUCGGCGCAGCUCGCGACGACAGCCUUCCUCCCCUGCGCCGUGCGCAUGAUUGGCGACAAGCAGAUCUCGACGGCGUCUGGCAUCGUGUCGCAGUUCGUUCAUCUGCACGUCAUCGUCCCUGAGGCCUUCAUCCUCGGCCCGUCCGAGUACCACGUCCAGACAGGCUCCUCCAUCGAACUUUUCUGCAUCAUAGAGCAGAGCCCCAUUCCACCGCAAUUCGUGUCGUGGAAGCACAACGACCGGCUCCUGAACUACGACAAGUACAGAGGCGGCGUCUCUGUCAAGACCGAUCAUGGCCCCAAGACGUCCUCUCGUCUCGUUAUUUCUGGGGCCACAGUCGCAGACUCGGGGAAUUAUUCCUGCGGAGCGCCCAGCACCGAGCCUGCGACUGUACAUGUCUUCGUCAGUCAGGGCGACAAGACGGCGGCCAUCCAGCGCCGGACAUCUGGCCAGGAGUCGGCGUUGCUCGGCUCUGUUUUGGCUGUGCUGCUGCUGCCGGCACUGCUGCUGCCAAGCUCCAUCGUAACAGGAUUUUUAUAG